AUGGGCAAACGGGUGAUCGUUGUGCUGAUGCUGUUUGCAUGCAUUUGCUGUCCAGAAGUCCACUCGUUCGAUUUUGGCGGGCUUGUGAAGAAGACCGGCGAAGUGGCGAAAGUGGCGGCCAAAACGGCGAAGGGGGUGGCUGAGAGUAUACCGCAGAUAUUUUCCCCGGAGCAGUUGCUGGAAUUUAGCAAGCAAUCGAUCAUUGGCUUGCCAGCGGAAGCGAUCGCAGCUACGAUCAACCAAAUAUGUUCCGUUGCACUGCUCUCGAAUGCAACUGCAUCGGAGAACUCGGUCAACAUCACCGAGAUGAAUUACAUCCUGAUGACCGGCGAUAACAACAUCACCAUACCGCUGCUUGAAUCAGACGAUCUGUGGAUGGACGAGCUUUUCAACAAAUCGCACGAUACGGUCAUUUUGGUCACCGGAUGGACGUCGAACGUGAACGAACCGAAUCGGGCUAUCGACACUAUCUACAAUGCUUACAAAGCACGUGGCGGAUACAACUUCGUCGUUAUUGAUACAGCCGAGUACGUGGACACACUCUACACUUGGUCCGCAUUUAACACGAACGAUCUUGGUCAGGGUUUGGCAGACGGGUUGAAAAGGUUGAUCAAGUAUGUGCCUUUGGAAAAGAUUCAUCUGAUAGGUCACAGUUUAGGGGCACACAUCGUUGGCGCCGCAGGACGACACUUUCAGUAUCUAACGAACAAAUCCAUACCUCGGAUCACGGGACUAGACCCAGCUAACCCUUGCUUCAACGAAGGAGAGUCCUUGAGCGGUAUACAGCGAGGUGACGCCGAUUUUGUGGAUAUCAUUCACACUAAUGCCAAAGUGUUGGGCAAGCGAGACCCAAUAGGAGAUGCGGAUUUCUACCCCAACGGUGUCGUUUCCGUCCAGCCUGGAUGUUUGGAUCCAGCAUGUUCACACAAGCGUGCGUGGGAGCUGUAUGCAGAGACGGUUUAUCCCGGUGCAGAAAAAAGUCUUCUGGCUACUAAAUGUAACUCCCUUUUAUCGCUUACCACUGGUGGCUGCAAUAGCAAUCCUAUUCCACUUGGCUAUGGGUGUCCCACGACAGCGAAAGGAAAUUUCUUUUUGAAGACAAAAGACAAAUCUCCGUUUGCCCUUUCGGAAUAAAUUGUACAUCGAGCUUGGAUUUUCCGGUUAUAUGAAAUGGGACAACGAUCAACUGUUAAAUAAUAUUAAUUUUUACUUGUUAUGUCAUGUUUGGAGUAUAAUUUCAAUUUCAUCGAUCGAUUAUAAGCUUUACAUAUUAUAGAACCAUUCUCAUGCGGGUAAGGAUCUUUUAAGCGGAAUCGAAACAAUUUCGUGCAUUAAAUAAUAAAAUAUAU